UAGCCGUUUGCACGCGUCACUCACAGGACAACGAAUUCGUCCCAGGAUCGAGUAGCCGCAGCAACAACACGCGAGCGAACCCGCGAACCAUUAUACACCGUUGGUUGUACACAUUUUUCUUUUAUCUUCCGUUUGCCAAUCUGUACAUAGCCGAUUGACGGCACUGUAUCGCGAAUUUUUUUCGUUUUUUCAAUUUCAAUAUUUCGUUACUAUAUUAUUUCAAACUUUCUAUUGUCUCGAGUUCGGUAAAGAAUCAACCGUACGGCCCAAUUACAACUCACAAUCUGCGGCUGCCGUGCAAAGUGUUUUCGUCGUCGUCACCGUCGCUUUAAAUAACACAAAUUCAAUCUGUACACGCGCGUUCGUCGUCCCGCAUUUAAUAUACUUGUCUACAAGAACAUUAUCUUCGGUGAAAUGAUGUUGUGCCUAUUGCCGGUGACGCUGACGUUGGCCGCGCUGGCCGCCGACGGUGGAGACGCCAUGGCGGACAAACGGUUCGGGCUGCGGCCGGUGGACCCGUUGACCAGGCGCAGCGCCAUGGACAAGAACUUCAUGCGUUUCGGCCGGGCGUUCGACUGCUGGACGUCGCCGGUGGCCGGGGCCGCUUUCGCCGCGGCGGCCAAGCGCCGGGACCCGGCCGCAGCGGUUGGACGCCGCGUCGACUCCAACUUCAUACGGUUCGGACGUCGCGACUCCAACUUCAUCCGGUUCGGUCGCGGCGAAGUGUACACGCCCGGCGACAACAAGAUCCCACGGGGCCACUACGAUGUGGACGUGGACGGGCUGGAGGUCCGGUUCGGCCGGUCCGCCGGUGCGGCUGCCGACCGCGGCGCGCCAUCCGCUUACGAUCACCGCCGCCGCCGUUGAACUCCGCCCGCACACCACGACACAACAUGAUCAUUAAUAUUAUUAUUAAUAUUAAUAUUAUUAUCAUUACUAUUAUUAUUACUAUUACUAUUAUUAUUACUAUUAUUAUUAUUAUUAUUAUUAUUAUUAAUAUUAUUAUUAUUGUCAUCACUAUCUUCGUAUCCCGUCACCAUGACAUCACACGACCACACGCGAAACGACCGAAUACAGUGAGUAUACAUAGGAAACCGACGGAUCGAUGGAAUCCGCGGAGUUGGAUCUUUCAAAAGACAUGGAGGACAGUUAGAGGGACGGUUAAAACAUUCAAUUUCGCAUGACUACAGGAUUAAAGAUCUAAGUUGAUCAAGGCUUCGAGGGGGAGGACGUUAUCUUAUCCUUUUCCACCCUUUCCUUUGCCCACCUCAAGCGCUAACCGUGGAUCCACCGCCGUAGAGUCAAUGCAGUCUUAACGAAGUAUAUGAGCUAUAAUAGCGAUUUCGCCGUAAAAAAUAUUUCAUAUUUCUAUUUCCAACGAUCAACUGUUACAUUAUUGGUAUUCAAUCGUAAUUUUAACCGCACAGCCGACACGGUUAGACACACAGUUAAUCGUGUUAUUUACACGUAGUCUUUGAUAUGUGGUUCUUGUCCAAUUAUCAAUAUCAUAAUACAUUACUUUAAUUUUAAUGUUUACUCAUAUAUUGGCUUCAUAUACGUUAACUAUAAUGUAACAGUAGUUUUAACCAAAAAAUAUGUAUAGCAUCAUAUUAUACAACGUUGUAACUAGUAACAUAUUAAAUAAACUAUC